AUCGAACAUUCACCUGAAUGAGAGGUUGAAUUCCGAAGAACAAUAGUACUGAAAUACCCUGCCGCAUCUAGGAUACCAUAAAUACCGCGGCAAUGAUUCAAGCGUGGCUUCAACGCCUCGCCAGGUUCCUCGACCGGCCAUUCUUCCCAUGGAAGAAGCUGGUGGUCGGCUUCUCCUUGGGGCAAUUCGCCCUGGAGAACUGGCUGCUGUAUCGACAAUACAAAGUCUACCAACAGACCGCGAAGCCGAAAGCCCUGACCGAUGAAAUCACCCAAGAGACGUUCGACAAGAGCCAGGACUACUCCCGCGCCAAAGCCAGGUUCUCCGUCAUCUCCUCCCUCUUCAACGAGGCCAAAUCCAUGUACAUGCUCUAUAUCGACAUCUUCCCCCUCGGCUGGGCCCUCGCCGGCGCCGCCGUCGCCCAGUGGCUCCCCGCGCCGUUCACCGGUGAGAUCACGCGCUCCCUCAUUUUCGUCUUCGGCCUCUCCAUUCUCGACACCGUGCUCGGCCUCCCCUUUGACUACUACCGGCACUUCGUCCUCGAGGAGGCCUACGGCUUCAAUAAAAUGACCCGCGGCCUGUGGAUCGUCGACGCACUCAAGGGCCUCGCCCUCACUGUUGCCAUCGGCACUCCCAUCGGGGCCGCCUUCCUCUCCAUUGUCCACCGCACCGGCUCCGCCUUCUUCUACUACCUCUGGCUCUUCAUGGUCGCCUUCCAGCUGCUCGCCGUUACCCUGUAUCCGAUCGUCAUCGUCCCUAUGUUCAAUAAACUCACCCCGCUCGCCCCGGGGCCCCUCCGCGACGACGUCGAGGCCCUCUGCCGCCGGCUGAAGUUCCCCCUCGACGAGCUCUCCGUUAUCGACGGCAGCAAGCGCAGCGCCCACAGCAACGCGUACUUCUCUGGUCUCCCGUGGAAGAAGCGCAUCGUGCUCUUCGACACGCUGAUCGAGCAGUCGAGCGGGAAGGAGGUGGAGGCCGUGUUGGCGCACGAGCUGGGCCAUUGGAAGAUGGGACAUACCACGCGGAUCUUGCUGGUGCAUCAGGCGCAUCUGUUCUAUUUGCUGGCGGCGUGGUCAAGCUUCAUUGGGAAUCGGAGCUUGUAUGCGGCGUUUGGGUUUGAGAAGGAGCGGCCGAUCAUGAUUGGGUUUAUGUUGUUUAAUAUGAUCUAUGCCCCGGUGGAGGUGGUGGUACAGUUGAUGAUGAACCUCUUCACGCGCAGGAUGGAGUACCAGGCGGACUCCUUCGCCAACGACCUCGGCUACAAGACCGACCUCGCCAAAUCGCUCAUCAAGCUCCAGAUCAAGAACCUCUCCGCUAUGGACGCCGACUGGCUGUACUCAAGCUUCCACCACUCGCACCCGAUCCUCACGGAGCGCCUGAAGGCCAUCGGCUGGGUCAGCGACGGCAAGCCCGCCACCGCCGACCUGAAGGAGGAGAACGCCGUGAAGGAGGAGGAGGUGGUCGCAGCGUCGGGUCGCGAGCUAUAAUUUUGGUCGUCAAAAAGUUCUCGGAAUUGGAUCGCGAUGGGGGGGUUGCCGUGCUAUGCUCGUCACGCCGCCAUGGUUGGUGUCGCAUAUGUAUAAUAGUUCGGAGUCAGUAGGAUAGGGACGCGGUGGAUCGGGGCGUCGGAUAGAGACGCAUAGAAAAUUCGGUUCUUUCC